CUCUUUUCAUCUAAAUUCACAUCUACUUUGCUCAUAUAGAUAUAAUUUUUUCUUCUUAAAAAACAAAAAUGAGAAGCUUUCUCUACCUCAUCGUAGUCAUCUUCCUCUUCUCAUCAUCUGUUAACGCUUGUGAUCGAUGUCUUCACCGUUCUAAAGCAGCUUAUUUCUCCUCUGCUUCUGCUCUCUCUUCUGGAGCUUGUGCUUAUGGCCCUAUGGCUACGAGAUUCUUUGCCGGUCACAUUGCGGCAGCUAUACCUUCUAUUUACAAAGAUGGUGCUGGCUGUGGAGCUUGCUUCCAAGUCAGAUGUAAGAACCCCAAGUUGUGUACCAGUAAAGGAACCAUUGUAAUGGUCACUGACUUGAACACGAGCAACCAAACUGAUCUUGUUCUUAGUAGCAGAGCUUUUAGGGCAAUGGCUAAGCCUGUUGUUGGUUCUGACAAAUACCUUCUCAAACAAGGCAUUGUCGACGUUGAAUACCAAAGAGUUCCUUGCAAUUAUGGUAAAAGGAAUUUGAACGUGAGAGUGGAAGAAGCAAGUAAAGGGCCAAAUUACUUGGCGAUAAAGCUUUUGUACCAAGGAGGCCAAACCGAAGUGGUAGGUAUUGACAUUGCUCGAGUGGGUUCGUCACAAUGGAGUUACAUGACUAGAAGCCACGGAGCCGUGUGGGCGACGGAUAAAGUACCAACCGGAGCUCUUCAGUUCAGGUUCACGGUGACAGGCGGCUACGAUGGCAAAACGGUUUGGUCGAAGAGGGUUCUUCCGGCCAAUUGGAAAGCUGGGAUGAUCUAUGAUACCGGUGUUCAGAUCACCGACAUUGCUCAAGAAGGUUGUGACACAUGCGGUCACAUAUGGAACUGACUCAUUACAAUUCUCCUUAUUUAUAGGCAAACAACAAACACCCUUUAUAGGAUUAUACAUGUAUGUGUAACACAACAAAGGAACUAUAAUAAAAUCUAUAUAUGUAC